AUGUCCACCGGCAACCUAAACCCUCCACCGCUGCCAACCAGCUUGCCCGUGCUGGAUCCCCUCACCACCAUCGGCACAUCCCCUUUCACAACGGCCAACGCCUUCUCGGGCGACUUUCUCAGCCUCCCCAUUCCCGACGACGAGCACCUCUGGGGUCUCAGUCCUAUUUCACCAACCAUGGGGACGGGUGGUUGGGACACCAAGACCGACGCAGCCGCCUUUGCGGGCUCGGCGCUGGAGCGCGAUCUCAAGAACGCUCAAGUCCGCAAUGGUCAACCGACACCCCCUCCGUACGAUGAUCAGCACUCACGGGAUACGUCCAGUCUCGAGGCCGAACCGGCGAGUAAACGCCGGCGGGCCAGAGAAUCCAAAGCCGCGGCGGCUAGUUUGAGUCCUGAUCUAGACGACUGUCCACAACAAGAACGUGCAAAGCGAGCCAAGUUCCUUGAGCGCAACCGACUCGCGGCAAGUAAGUGUCGGCAAAAGAAGAAAGAACAUACGCAACAACUGGAAUACCGGUACAAAGAGCAGUCCGAAAAGAAAGAGUUGCUCGUGAGCGAAAUCGCACGGUUACGCUCGGAGAUUCUCAGUCUGAAAAACGAGGUCUUGAAACAUGCCCAGUGUGGCGACGAGCCGAUCAAGCUUCAUCUGGCUCAGAUGGUCAAGAAGAUCACCGAUACGGAUGGUGGUACACCCGUCGUGCCGGGUGAUCCGCCUAUCCCGUUACCGGAUCACGUCUCGGCUUCGCCGUCAGAUACGGCGCCUACGCCCACUGCGACGACGGGACCGGCACCGACGGUGUCGACGGCUCUUUCGUUUGGAUUUGAUGAUCCGUUGCAGUUGGAGCCCGCCGCAGCGGCGGCUGCAGAGGCCUUUGAGCAGCAGUUACGGCGGGAUUCGGGAGUGUCGAUGGUUUCCGAGUCGUCGUAUGCGUUUUCUGCAGAUGAGACUUUUGAUGACUUGAUCAAUGUAUAA